UAUAGAGAAAAUAGAUCCGUGGAGUUCGAUGACACGCUAGUCUUCAGAGUUGAGAAGAGAAGAGACGAGACGAGAAAGAGCUUAGUGAUUCUUCAAUGGCGGACGAAGAAAAGCCAUUGAGGAAGAUGGCUGAGGCUUUCAAGAACCUAUCCAACUCCAUCAUCACUUCGCAAUCACCUGAAGAAGCUCAGCUAGAAGUCGGCGCAUUCUCUCGCGCCAGUUCACUUGUCUCCCCUCUCUUCCGCUGCCUCGGCAUCGCCUUCAAGUUCGCCGAGCUCGACUAUGUCGCCAAGGUUGAUGAUCUUGCAGAGGCAUCAAAGUCGAUUUCAACAUUAAGAGCAAUGAUGGAUUUAGAUAUUGACGGAAAUUGUGUGAGAAGAGCUGGCAGUCAUACAAGGAAUCUGUUAAGAGUGAAGCGUGGGAUAGAUAUGGUUAAAGUUUUGUUUGAGCAAAUUCUGGCCACUGGAGGAAACUCUCUGAAGGAUCCAGCUUCAAAUGCUUAUGAGCAGGUGUUUGCUCCUUACCAUGGAUGGGUAAUAAGGAAAGCUGUAGCUGCAGGAAUGUAUGCUCUUCCCACUAAGGCACAGCUGUUAAACAAGCUCAAUGAAGACGAAGCCUCUGCAAAGAUUCACAUGGAAUGUUAUGUUGCCUCGGCAGCUCCCAUCGUCACCUACAUUGACAAACUUUUCAUUUCAAAAGAAUUGGGUACAGACUGGUGAAUAUGGAAGAAAUACAGACAGAUCGCAUCAUCAUCAAUCACCUCAAUGUCUACUGCUCCGUAUUUAACUGUUGUGUAGUAUCUCAGAAUUAAUUAUUCCUAAAUUUAAUGCCGAAACUUUGCAAUCACAGAACUCCCUUUAUUGUAGUAAUUAUAUAUAUAAGUAUACACACGUAUGGCCAGAUUUUUUAUAUUACUUUUUUUGUUGGGUAAAUACAUGUAUACCCAGAA